GUUUUACUAAUAUACAUUCGAAGUUCGGACAAGAUGAAAAUCUUUGUUGUUCUUGCUCUAGCUCUUUCAGCCGUUUAUGCUGCACCCCGUCACUCCGCUGUUCAACUAACUACGGAUACUGGCUUUAUUGUUGGUGGUGAGGAUGCUAAUAGAGGAGAUUGGCCAUGGCAGGUGUCCAUUCAACGCUGCUCAAUCUCUUGUUCCCAUAAUUGUGGUGGAACUGUCCUAAAUGGCAACUGGGUUUUGACUGCUGCUCAUUGUAUCACUGGUGCUGCUUCAUCUUACAGACUUGUAUUUGGUAUUUUGAACAGAGACGAUGAAACUGGCGGUCAAGUUAGAACUGCAAGCAGAGUUACUCGUCAUGAGAACUGGAUUAAUGAUGGAUCCCUGGGUUUCCCUAAUGAUAUCGGUGUUGUCAGAUUUGAAGAAGCUCUCGAUUUCUCUUCACCAUGGGUUUCACCAGCUACCCUCGUAAGCAGAGGAGUUGGUAGUUUAGCUGGUCAAGCUUGUACAAUCACCGGAUGGGGCAGACUUUUCGGUGGCGGUCCAUUGCCAAACACUCUCCAACAAGCUGAGACUAGAGUUCUUUCCAAUGACGAAUGUAUUCUUAGAGGUAUUUCUAUGGCUAGAUACGAAUAUCACAUCUGUAUUAGCGAUGACAAUGAUGUUAACGGAGCCUGCAAUGGUGAUUCCGGUGGCCCAUUGAACUGUCCAGUUGGUCCUGCAGGUGCCCACCAAAUUGCUGGUGUAACCUCAUUCGUUAUAGUUGGUUGUAGAAUCGAUAGACCAUCCGGUUACGUAAGAGUUUCUGAAUAUUUGGAUUGGAUCGAUGACAAUACUAAUUAA